AUGCACGUGUCCGUCCGUGACCGCCCUUCACGCAUGCCCAAUCGCCGCGUCGAUAGCGCGUCAACGAAGUCGGCCUUUGUUGACAACCACCCAUUCAACACCUCUCCAACAGGCCAUCUGAACAGCGACUCGCAAUAUCUCAAAUAUGAUGACUCCUACUCUAUCUUCGACAUUCAUUGGACCCACUCGGUUUAG